CAGCAGACUUCAAACAAAUUCAGCACACCAAAUAAGCCAUUAGACCUAGAUCUGCUAAGUAGCACACCGAUGGACAGAAGUACUGGGUCACCAGAGGUCAAGGUCACUACACCAGAUGUCAAGGUCAUUACACCAGAUGAUAAAGAGGAGUGGAUAGAUCGGGAUGAUGCUUCGUUCAAUGAAAAUGAUGUGGUGAUGAGACCUAAGAAAGAAUAUGUGGCAGAUUAUGCUGAUGGUGAUGAUGUUGACCUGGAAGCCAUAGAAGACACAAACCAUCUAGACGUUGAUGUGAACAAGCAUAAAUCUGCUCUAGGUAAGAAAGGCUCGCUGGCACUAAGAAGGAAACCAUCGAGAAAGUCUCGUAAAUCUCUACUAUCUAGUGGUGAUGAUGCCAUCUUCCAGGAUUCAACAGAUUCCAAGCCUGUAUCAAUGACCAAUGGUAACGACGACGAUGAUGAUGACAACGAUGAUGAUGGGUAUGAUUUAUCUCCCCCUGCCAAAAAACCGAGCCCUGCUGUCAUGUUGCCUCUGCCUGGCAUGGCUAGAAGGCCUCCAUCUCAAAGAAAGUCAUCAAUGGAAGCUGAUAAUGAUGACAAUGCCAUGGAUACCAAGGAAGUAAAGCGAUCAUCAAAGCCACCCCCUGGUGCUUUUGUUCUUCCAUCAUUUAGUCCAAGUCCAGCCAAGCCAAAAAGAUCUCCGAGUGAUGUUUCAGACCGGCCAACCGUAGAGUCUAAACCUGCUGUGUUCGAGAAGCCAGCACUAAGAUCAGUGAAACCAGUCGAGAAAAGUCCAUCACCAGACCAAGACAAAAAGCCUGCGUUCAGUAGAGCUGGACUAAGAUCCUCGAACAAACCAGAGACGGUGACAAAAGAUGUCAGCCAAGAAAGGGACAUAACGUUUCAGAAGCCAGCUCUCCGCAGCACACCUAAGCCCCGUAGAGAAAAAUCUCCAGAAGAGAAUAUGGAUAUAGGAGUGUUUGAAAAGCCGCAGUUGAGAAGUACACCAAAACCAAAACUUGAACAAAAGUUUACAGAUGAUAAAGACAAUGAUAUUUUUGAACAAACCAACCUCAGGAGUGUGCAGAAACAAGAAACUAACAAUAUAAAAGAAACUGAUAGUGAUAAACAUGUAUUCGAAAAACCUAGUUUAAGAAAUACUGGAAGAAAAAUUGAAAAUGACAUUGAUAAUGUGAAGGAAGAGACGCAUACUAAAACAUUUGAAAAACCAGCGUUAAGAACUACAAAUAAACUACCUAGAGCAGAUUCUGUUACUGAUCAUUCAGAACCUGUACAUACAUUCGAUAAACCACCUCUUAGAAGUACAAGCAGACCUUCAGUGGACAAACAAACAGAUUCCUCCUCAACUGGUGUGUUUGAGAAGCCAUCUUUAAAGAAAACAACCCCAUCACCUGAAAAGGAAGUAAAGGAUUUAAAUGAACCAAAAGGAAUGUUUGAUAAACCUGCAUUAAGGAAAACAGAAAGGGAAAGGAAAGAAUCGCCUAAAUUAUCAGAGAAGCCAGAAUGGCUCCAGCAAGCUGCUAAUAAACAUUCCAAGGUGCUAGGUGCAGUUCAUACUAAAGAAAAUAGUCAUAACAGUAUAGACAAAGAAACGCCCUCAUGGCUUGAGAAGCCGGUUCUUAGAAAAACACGCGGUCAGCCAUUACAAGACUCCAGUAAUGGCCAGUCAACUACUAGUAGCCAUUCAGAUUUAAGCCAUAAUGAUGACUCAAGUAAACAGGUGUCCACACCACGGUCCAGAAACUCUUCAAUGAGUUCAGAGAGUGAGCAUGAAAAGAGGUCAACUCCUGCAUCCACAGUGAAAGAAAGCCAUAACAACUACACUCCCAGCUGGAUGAGACAAACGCGAUCCCCAUCUGUGCCUACACCAGGUGUCCUAGGACCAGCCAAAUCCUUGCCUUCCCUCAGCGGCUCCGGUGAGGUACCUGCAUGGAAAAGGGAACUGGCUCAGCGGCGCCAGAGCAGAAAGGAAAAAACACCUGAAGAAAUACCAAAGACAGAAACAUCUGCAGAACCGGAAUGGAAAAAAGGGAUACAACUCCGUAAAACAAGAAACACACCUCAGCCUAAAGAAUCAUCUGAAGAGGUGAAGUCUGUUGAACCUGAAUGGAAGAAAGCUGCUGAGGAGAGACAUGCACGGCUUCGAAACUCGACCGUGCAUGAUAAAGCUGACCAAUGAGGUCAGACCGUAGAGUAAGAUUUUAUUUUACCCUCCCUGUAUGUAGAAUGUGUAGCAAUGUGUGUGUUCAUCAUUAAACUGCUUUUGUAGCUAUGGCGACAGUCAUGAUAAUCAUUUUUGAUUGGCUUUUUUAAUAUGAAUUUCUUUUGUGAAAAUGGAAUUUAUGCCUAUGUGAUACAGAUUGAUCUUCACUCUGUAGGAUUUCUUAGAAAUUUUAUUAAUUUGCUUGUAAUACAUGUGUUUGGUAUAAUGUUUAAUGAAUUUUCAGAUUGAUCUAUUAUAAAUCUUAUGAUGUCACUCACUGCUUACAAUAGUUUAGUUAUGAUGACUUUUAAUCUGUUAAAGCAAGGCACACCAUUGUAUUUAAAUAAAUAUUAUCAAAUUGAAUUGAAGUCAGAAACAUACAUGAAAGAUCUUACAGGUAUAGCCAGAUUGUUUGCUGUUUGUAGUGUAUGUAAAAAAAGAUCUUAACAGUAACAAAUUUUAUUGAAUUAAUAAUACCAUAAUCUCCCUGAAAUUUAAUAAAUUAUUGAAAUCAUUUUGUUAAAGUCCUCAGUUUAUACAAUAACUACCAUAAUAGUCUCUACCCUGCAAAGUAAUAUCCACCAUAUUUGCCCAGAAGUAUUAUACUCCUUUGAAAUUCAAUAUUUCUAUCUGAUAAA